GGGGAGCGUGUUACUAAUUAUAACACUGUGUUCUUCUGCUUCGACUACUUAACUCUUACAGGUUCUCUCUCUCAAACGAGCAAGACACAGGGGAGAGUAAACCGCCGUUGCUUCAUUCGUUAAGAGAGAUUCUAUAAUGGGAAAAGCUUCACGUUGGUUCCGGAACUUACUCGGACUCAAGAAACCCGACCCGAGUUAUCCGGAUCCAUCCUUCGAGACGCCUUCUCGCUCUCACCCAAAACGCCGAUGGAGCUUCGUCAAACCCAAACGCGAAAACGGGAACACACCGCAGAGUCACUAUCCUCGUACUCCUUCGUCGCUUCCGAACUCAACACCUCCACCGGCGUCGUCGUACCACAGAUCAUCACCGUCGUCGUACCACCACCGAUCGUCUCCGUCGUCUAACGGUCGGCGGUGGAAACAGAAGCUGGUCUGGGAGGAGGACGAGAGAGACGAGGAUCCCGACAAGCGUGCGAUUGCGAUGGCCGCCGCGACUGCUUUGGUUGCUGAAGCAGCCGUCACCGCCGCUAAUGCUGCAGCUGCGGUCGUUAGGCUCAGGAGCACAAGCGGGAGGUUGACGCCUAGUCCCGUCGGAGCGCAUUUUAGGGAUGGGUACAGUGACGUUGUAGCUCAUGAUAGCAGCUUCGACGGACACCGACGCGACAAUCUUGCGGUGAUUAAGAUACAAUCUAUAUUUCGCGGUUAUUUGGCAAGGAGAGCGUUAAGGGCACUCAAGGGAUUGGUCAAACUUCAAGCUAUGGUUAGAGGCCAUAUAGAACGAAAGCGAAUGUCGGUCCACCUGCACAGGAUGCACGCUUUGGUUCGAGCUCAGGCUCGUGUCCGUGCCACUCGUGUGAUAGUCACACCUGAGUCAUCCUCUUCUCAAUCCAACAACACCAAGUGUUCUCACUUACAACACCCCGAUCCACCAACGCCGGAAAAACAAGAGCAUUCAAUUUCUUCAUACAGCUCCAAGAUCGGGCACUCUCAUAUUUUCAAGAGGAAUGAUUCUAUGGCAAACAACAACAGACCCUUCUCAGCCAUGAACGAAGAAGAGAAGGUCCUUGAAAUUGACAGGAAACACAACACUUCUUACACAAGACGCAACAGACCGGACACGUUCUACUCAUCCCACCUCGUCUUAGACAACUCAGGCCGGUCCGGACCAGUUUACGCCUUCCCUUUUAGCCCGUCCUCCUCGCAUGAAGAGACUGUAAACCAGUUUUGCACUGCAGAGAACAGUCCUCACUUACAGUCAACUACUACAAGCAAGGGCAGUGCUUUCACGGCUAGUUCUAUUGCACCUAGUGAUUGCACCAAAAGUUGCUGCUAUGCGGACCAUCCGAGAUUCAUGGCUUGUACAGAGUCAUCUAGGGCCAAGGCCCGCUCCGCUAGUGCUCCAAAGUCGCGACCUCAGGUCGAUUACGAGCCGUCUUUAUCUAAACGGUUUGGAUUUGUCGAUGUGCCAUACUGUGGUGAUACGAGGUCUGGUCCGCAGAAAGUUUCUGCUCUGCACACUAAUUUUAUGAACAAGGCUUAUCCUGGUUCAGGUCGGUUGGACCGGUUUGGGAUGCCAACUGGGUAUAGGUACUGAGAAAUGCUGUUGGACCGGGUUGUUCUGUUUGGUUUUGGUUGUGAUAAACCGAUAGUAAUCAAAUGUAGAAGUGGAGAACCGGUUAGAUCUGGUUUUGUUGUAGAUCGGUUGACUAAGCUUUUCUGUUACGUUUCCUAAUUGUAUAGCUGGCCGGACAUUUUAUCCAUUAAAUUUUAUUUAAUUCGUUUU